AUGUCAGAAGAAAACACCACAUACUAUGAUUACCUAUACUUCUAUGAGCUUUCUAACAACAACUCUGAGAACGACACAGGAUUUACUCCUACCUACAUGGGUGAUGUAAAGGACUUUAACAAAGUGUUUCUCACCACUCUCUACAGUUUGGUUUUCAUCCUGGGCUUCAUAGGUAACGGACUAGUGGUGUGUGUCCUGGUGAAGCACCGCAAUCAGUGCAACCUGACAGACAUCUGCCUCUUCAACCUGGCUCUCUCUGACCUCCUCUUCGUCUUCAUGCUGCCAUUCUACUCUCACUAUGUCAGGGUUGGCCAGUGGACUUUUGGAGACUUCAUGUGCCGUUUGAUCUCCGGCUCUCACCACAUUGGCUUCUUCAGCAGCAUCUUCUUCAUGGUUGUCAUGACGCUGGACCGCUACAUGAUCAUCGUGCACGCUCACAGGGUUGCACGUUAUCGCACAAAGAGGGCUUCCAUCAUUCUGACCGUGCUCGUUUGGAUGCUGAGCUUGUUUGUGUCUCUGCCGGAUUUUAUCUUCAGAAAGGCAAAAGAACAGGAAUCCCAAGGAGUGCAGUGUGACUAUCCUGAGGAGAGCAAAGUCUGGGAGCGUUAUGAUUUGUUCACCACAAAUGUGCUGGGUCUCGUGAUUCCCGUGCUGGUGAUGGCAGGUUGCUACUCCAGGAUCAUCCCCACACUGAUGAGCAUGAGGACAGCAAAGAGGCACCGCAUCGUCAAGCUGAUCAUUUGUAUAGUGGUUGUAUUUUUCUUACUCUGGGCCCCGUAUAACAUUUCCCUUUUCCUGGAGUUCCUCCUGGACAAAGCAAUAAAAGUGACCGAAGCCUUAGCUUACACUCACUGCUGUCUGAACCCUAUCAUAUAUGCUUUUGUGGGAGAGAAGUUUAUGAGACGAGCCUUGCAGCUGCUGAAAAAGUUGGCCUGGUUACAGCAGAGAUCUGACAGACAGCUCAUUCAGGAGGAGCUCAGUUAUGUCCAGGGGCUCUGA